AAUGCCAUUGAAAGAGAUAUUAUUAGCGAUAAACACAAUAAUAAAAUAAAUAAAAAAUAAUAAUAGAUUUGAAUGUCUAAUGAAAAAAGUUUGAGUGAAUCGACUCAUAAUAAUAAUAAUUAAUUGAUUGAUUACAACAACUAAAUUAAUAAUCAUUUUGUUUUUUUGUGUAUAAAUUGAAAGACAAUAAAACAAAAUCAAUGGCAUUAUUAAUAAAACGUUUCUCUAGUUUGACACCAAUAUUGAGAUGUAAUGUCAAUAAUUGGUCGCAAAAAUGUAUCAAUAAUUCAGUGAAUAUACGAGCACUUCACACAACAGACACCCGAUGCGAGAGUGAGGGCUGGCUGUCGAAGUUGUUGAUGGUUAGGAAGAUUGAUCCGGGAAGAGAGUCACACUCAAGACUAUUAAGUGAUACAGAAAUUGUCUACGAAAUGCACACUCAUAAUGUUAAGCCUAGUAGUAGUGAUACAUAUUUAAAUCUAUAUGAGAAGUGGACUAAAGAAUUGCAAACGAAGAAUUCAAAUGCAGAAUUGGUUGGCAGUUGGAGUGUCGAUAUCGGAGAUCAGGAUCAGUUCAUUCACGUUUGGCGCUAUAAGGGUUGGCGAUUGGCAUCCGAAGUGGAGAAUUAUAUUAAGAAUGAUUCAGAUCUAACAAAACUAUCAAAAGAUCUAUUACCACAUCUGCGUAGUCGUCAAAAUCAGUUUAUGCUGUCGUUUAGCUUUUGGGGUCAUCCCGAAGCACAAGUCAACAAUAGUAUGUAUGAAAUGAGAUCCUAUGUUCUUAAGCCGGGAACAAUGAUUGAAUGGGGUAACAACUGGGCUCGUGGUGUCACUUACCGUAAAAAUGAUGCGGUGGCCGGAUUUUUCUCACAAAUCGGACAGUUAUAUGUUGUCCAUCAUAUUUGGAAAUAUGAGAAUCUAUUCGCUCGUAAGGAGACCCGUGAGAGCGCGUGGAGGAAACCCGGUUGGGAUGAGUGUGUGGCCUAUACGGUGCCAUUGAUUGUUGAGAUGAGGUCCCGUUGGAUGAGUCCCAAUCAAUUCUCGCCUAUUCGUUGAAUAGAUUGUUAUAUAAUAAUAAUAAUAGUUUCGUGAAAUUUAUAGAUUUGUUAUA